AUGGCGCAGUUGCUUGCUUUCUUCCUCGCCCUCCUUGGUUUGGCCACGGCUACUUGUUAUUACCCCGGAGGAACAGUGAGCUCCAAUUCCGCUGUUGCGUCAUGCCUUUCUGGCGCGACGAGUAUGUGCUGUUCGCUGAACCGAGGUAAUCCCUUUGGUGGCACGGGCGAAACCGACGACAGGUGCUUGCCUAAUGGGUUGUGUCAAAAUGCGGUUUCAGCCACCACAAAUGGUCAGUCAGUCUUGGAAAUUGAGUAUUGGCGGGGUUCGUGCAACAAUAUCGACUGGCCAACAGAGGGAUGCAUUAAAGUCUGUGACGGCGGCAGCGUAAGCACCCUCUUCCUUCUCUAA